AUGUCCCAAAUCCCAUUAGGCUCACCAGAUGGCGAGUACGACAAAGACUUCAAAUCGCACAUGCAUCACGAUGAGGACCCUCAUGUCCAGGCUUUCAAAGGCGCUGCCGAUGGUGGCCAUGUGAAAGACGUUGCAAACGCUGAAUUCUACGCGGCUGUACAUGAAAGCCACAUUCCUCGGUGGAGCAAGCGUUCGAUCCAGCUCUACUUCUCUGUAUUCAUUGCCUUUUGCUGCGCAUGUGCUAAUGGGUACGAUGGAUCGCUCAUGACGGCGGUCCUUGCGAUGCCACAUUUCCAAAACACGUUCCACAGUGGAACAACCGGUACCAAGGUCUCGAUCAUCUUUGCCAUGUACACUGUCGGUGCCAUGGCCGGGGCGCCUUUCGCAGCAGUCAUAUCCGAUCGCUUUGGUCGACGAAAAGCAAUGUUUGCUGGUGGUAUCGUUAUCAUCACCGGCAUGGUAAUCGCUGCUACCGCGAAACACGUUGCUCAAUUCGUCGUUGCCAGGCUUAUCCUCGGAGUCGGAAUCUCGAUCAUGACUGUGGCUGCUCCUGCAUACGCCGUUGAGAUCGCCCCUCCCCAUUGGAGAGGAAGAUGCACUGGUUUCUACAAUUGUGGAUGGUUUGGAGGCUCCAUUCCAGCAGCCGCUGUCACUUACGGCUGCAACAGCAUCGACUCUAACCUCUCGUGGCAAAUCCCUCUAGUUCUCCAAGCGUUCGCCUGUGUCAUUGUCAUGUGCGCUGUCUGGUUUAUUCCUGAAUCACCCAAGUACCUCAUGGCAAACGGAAGGGAGGAAGAAGCAAUGGAUUUCUUGGUGAAAUAUCACGGCGGCAAUGAUCCAAAUUCCAAGCUCGUGGCUUUGGAAAUCGCAGAGAUGAGAGAGAACAUCCGUGUCGACGGAAUUGACAAGGUCUGGUGGGACUACCGACCACUAUUUUUAACCAAAAACGGUCGAUGGAGAAUGACACAAGUCUUGAUGAUCAGUAUCUUUGGUCAAUUCUCCGGUAACGGUCUUGGAUAUUUCAACACGGUCAUUUACAGCAAUCUCGGCGUCACCAGUGUCCCUCAGCAGCUCGGUUACAACCUGCUCAACUCGGUUGUCUCGGCGGUUGGAGCUCUGACUGCGGUGUCACAGACCGACCGUAUGCCUCGUAGACCUGUUUUGAUCUUUGGUACUUUCAGUAAGUCAAUGGUCGAUAAGCAAAAGCUAAGUUGCAUAGCCUGCGCAUGCCUUCUUGCCAUCAAUGCUGGGUUGUCAGCAAAAUUGGCUUCGCAGGGUGAAAACGUGGUCAAGGGGAUCGCUCAAGGCGCCCUGGCCGCUUACUUCCUCUUCAACAUUGUCUUUUCAUUCACCUAUACCCCGCUCCAAGGUGUUAUCCCCGCAGAAGCUCUGGACACCAAUAUGAGAGCCAAGGGUCUUGCUGCCUCAGGUUUCAUCGUCAACGGUAUUGGGUUCAUCAACCAGUUCGCUGGCCCCAUCGCCCUGGGAAACAUUGGGUACAAAUACAUCUACAUUUUUGUCGGCUGGGACAUUGUCGAAUCCAUCUUCUGGUACUUCUUCUGUGUCGAGUCCCAGGGUCGAACCAUUGAACAGCUCGAGUGGGUGUACAACCAGCCCAACCCUGUCAAAGCUUCCCUCAAGGUCGACAAGGUCAUCAUCGAAGACAACGGACGAGUUGUGGAGAAGGUCUCCGCGUAG